CGUCGCGUUUAGACGGCGUCGUUCGUGGCUACUCGUAAGUCUCUCGUGCUGUGUGUCGAGUGCCCGAAUAUCCACGUCGCGCAAUGGCUGGCGGUAAGGCGGGCAAGGACUCUGGCAAGGCAAAGGCGAAGGCGGUCUCGCGUUCGGCUAGGGCCGGCCUGCAGUUUCCCGUAGGCAGAAUUCACAGGCAUUUGAAAAACAGAACCACGAGUCAUGGUCGGGUAGGCGCUACUGCGGCAGUGUACAGCGCGGCCAUUUUGGAAUACCUUACGGCCGAGGUAUUGGAGUUGGCGGGAAAUGCAUCAAAGGAUCUGAAAGUUAAACGUAUUACACCUAGACAUUUGCAACUCGCUAUUCGUGGCGACGAAGAAUUAGAUAGUCUCAUUAAGGCAACUAUUGCAGGAGGAGGUGUUAUUCCACAUAUCCACAAAUCACUCAUUGGCAAGAAGGGUUCGCAGAAACCAGCAUAAUUUAGCGAUAAUUGACAUUGAAUAUUUUAAGAUUCGUGGACAAACGGGAGGAGGAAAGAGUUGGUCCAGUGCUUGUUAACAAAGUGUACCUAGGUUACUAAAUCGAUGGCGAGACUGGCGUGAUAUAUACAUAGAUAUAUAUAUAUAGAUAUAUAAAUAAAACAGUAUAUUGAGAUAUAAUUUAAUAUAGAUUAAAAAAAAUGAGAGUUAAAGAAAGACAAAUGUUCAUUGACAAUUGACAAACGGACAAGACAGGGAGUGAGAAUGAAUUUUAGGCAGGUUGUAGGAAAUUUUAGUGUGUUGCGAGCGAUGCGUUAUAGCAUGGCUCGAGAUGACGGCAGUCUUUGGUAGUUUGCAACUUUUGAACAUUGUGAAAACAUCAGAGGGCGUAUGAAAAUCUGUUCAAUUACCAUGUUUAAUUAUUUACAACUAUGAGCGAUUAUUUUACUAAACCGCCAUCUUUGAACUUUUGUCUCAUUUUUGUUUUUAAAUCGCAUCAUGUACUUCUGAGAGACAGAUUCGAUUAAUUUGCUUUCAAGUAACUCUUUCUCAUUUCACAAUCUCA